CUUUGGCAUUCUCUACUUAGGCAUCCCAGUGGUCAUUCACUGCACCCCUGGUGCGUCGAAGCCUAAUUCGACGAUUGGUUCAUCCUGACCUCUUUCUCCUGAGGGAGCAAGCAUUUUCACGACGACAAACGUAUCAUGGCGGCAACAACAAGGAGCUCUGGCGGCUGCUGGACUUGCCGGCUUCGGCGCAAGAAGUGUGACGAUGAACGUCCAAUUUGCAAGGGAUGCCUCGCCCUCGAGAUCGAUUGCCUUUACAGCGACGACAAACCGGAAUGGAUGGAUGGCGCCGAGAAGCAGAAGCGCAAGGCCGACUGGCUCAAGAAGGAGGUCAAACGAAGGGCCGCCCAUCGGCGAGAGCGCCGGUAUCUGCAAGGUCUCGAUGUGAGGCUCGAAUCCCUCGAUGCGUCCCUUACCGACGGCAGCGACAUGGCGGCAGCCAAAGACCUAAUCAAUGCCGCCCCGCCAUCUUCUAGCGCCACGACUUCCUCAACGUCUCAUUCCAUUGUCCAGGACUCAACGCCGAAAUCCGGCUCCGAUAGUGCAUUGGCCGAUUCCUUAACGUCGGCUUCAUCUCCAGACGAGCAUGCAGGCGGUCUUACCUCGUCCUGCACGCAACAUCGGGCAAGAUUAUCGCAAGAAGCAGAGGCCCACUCGACCAUGAUGUACCUGGAUUAUGUCUUCCCCUUCUUGUUUCCCUACUAUCGGCCCUCGUUCGCAGAUGUUGGGCGGGGCUGGCUUCUCGUUUUGCUGAAUAAGAACAACGCGCUGUUUCACUCUGCCCUCAGCCUAGCGGGCUAUUUCCAUGCCAUUGUUCUCGGCCACAUCCAAUACGCACCUUCGGAGUGCCACUCCCAUAAUCUGGAAGCACUCCAAGAACAGCAAGGGUUGGCCCUAAAAUGGCUGCAGCGCGAAAUGCAAGAUAUUGUUACCCGCGGAGUGAAAAGCAACCUUGCCGAAGCGAACCGUGUAAUGGCGAGCAUCAUCCAGCUGAUGACGGGCGACAUCGCGACUGCGAAGAUGGGCAACUGGACCAUGCAUUUGGGCGCUGCAACAGAACUCUUCAACGAGAUCAUGAAACACCACGCCAUGACAGAGGACGGCCAUGCUUGCUUCAUUAAGGUCCUUCUCCAACUGGGCUCGAGGCCUUUCGCGUGGACCCCAAAGCACCAUCCAUGGGGUUCGGAUCAAGCCAUAUUGCGCUUUUUCACUGCCCAACUUCUCUUCCUCGAUACCCUCGCGAGCACCGCGUUGCAGCAGCCUCCGAAACUUCAACAGUGGCAUCACAUUUUGUUGAUGGUCCCUGACGACGAAACCCUAAAGCACAUGCCCGAAAGUGAGAAAGAGCAAACCUUACCUCACAUCAACCUUCAAGAGUUUGUCGGGGUGGAAAACUGGGUCAUUGUCUCCAUCGGGGAGAUAGCCACUCUCGACUCAUGGAAGAAAGAGAUGAAGGGCGCGGGGUCGCUGUCCGUCGCUCAGCUCGUCGCCCGCGCCUCAGCAAUAGAACAGAGACUCCGGACGUCGAUAGAGACACUCGGGGUUACUAUCAAUUACCACAGCCCCCCAUCGGUCGAUGGGCCCCAGCAUCUUCUGCAAUAUUUCGCCGGCAGCUUCUCCCCGCAAAUGAUGCAUGAUACCACCUUGAACUCUCGAAUCUGGGCACAGGCAGCGAUCACAUACCUCAGCGUCGUGCUUUCCGGAUGGCAACCAUCGUGCCCGGAGAUCCGAAGUUCCGUCACAGAAACCAUCCAACUAUUGCUGAGCCUUCCAAGCCCAGACUGCUUGCGGACGCUCGUGUGGCCUUUCACCAUCACCGGCUGCUUGGCCUCCCCAUGCCAAGAACAAACCUUCCGAGACCUGGUAGCGGGCAUGGGGCCGUUGAAGGUAUUUGGCACCAUCCGGGAGGGCCUUGCCAUUAUGGAAAAGGUCUGGGAGCGUCGUGCCGAUAUCGACGAGAACCCAGAUCAUUGGGACCUUGCGGUUUCGCUCAAGAGUUUGGAGCAGCCGGCUCUGUUGCUGUGAACCGAAGCUGUUGGCUCUGUAAUCAUAGUUAGGCGACGCACCCUCGUGCUAAAUAAUGUAGU